AUGUAUUUAUUUCAUUUGCAAUUGAUCUUGAAAACUACGCACGAGAUAAACAGCAACUUCCAAAUCCUUUGCCGCAGACAGUACAAUGGGGAAAAUCUUUCAAGUGUUUGUCGUAGGGUUGAAAGGGGAAAAAAUGACUAUUGAUGUUUCACACACUGAGGCAGAAUUUAACAGGAUUCCCGUUCUCAAGUUUAAGGAAUUGUUGUUGAAGAAAAUGCCGGGAGAAGCAGCCACUGCAGAUCUGCGCCUUCUUUUUGCCAACAAAGAAUUGGAGGAUAACAAAAAAUUCUCUGAAUACAGCAUCACGGACAAAUCAACAAUCCUCUUGGUGUUACGCCUGCCUGGUGGAGGGGUCUAGAGAGAAGGGCUCAUCACACCGCGAAAACAAAAUCUUCCAAUGGCCUGAUGGAUCCCUCGGAUUGAGUUCUGAUAACGCGAAAUUACUCUGUUAUUCAGAGAUGUUAACACCACUAUGUAUUUCUUACUUUAUAAAUAACUUUCAUAGCAUUUAUACUGAUGUGGUGUGAUAAACUACAAGUUGUAUUUUAAUAUUUAGCACGCAGAAGAGCGUAUUUGUUUGGUCUGCCGUCUUAAGUGAUCUGUUAUAGUCUAUAAUUGCUAUAAAACUUGUUUUAGCUUUACAAUGAUUAGUAAA